AGGAACUGGGAGUGAGCAGGCGGGCGGGGAGAGCGGCGAGCCCUGGUGCCCCAGCCAGCCACGCCGCGCCGCCCUCGCAAAAGCAACCCCGGCGUGGCCGUGCCUGGAAAGAGCGCAGGCGGCGGCGAGGGCUGCUGCUGCUUGUGGAAAGCGAAGCCUCCCCUUCCGCGCCCGGCUCUCCAUUCAUAGCCCGGGCUGGCAGGAGCUCAAUGGGCUGAUUCCCUGCGAGAGCAGCAGCAGCAGCAGCCGCCGGCCGGAGGAGAAGAAGGAGGAGGCGCCUGCAACAACCACCGCCCGCCCGCCUGCCUGCCUGCCUAGGCCUCGGCUCCAGCUCGCCAAGCCAACCCCGCUCGCCUCGCCAGCACCGGGCAUGGACAGCUGAAAAGGGGAACGAGGAAGGGGGGGGAAGGCCGUGUCUUGUGUGGUGGGGGCUGAACUUCUGGCAUCGGUCACUUGCUGGAGAGACGUCCCGCCAUUAUGAAUGAAGUCGCCAUCGUGAAGGAAGGCUGGCUCCACAAACGAGGAGAGUACAUUAAAACAUGGAGGCCGAGGUAUUUUCUGUUGAAGAACGAUGGGACGUUUAUUGGCUACAAAGAGCGGCCGCAAGACGUGGACCAACGGGAGUCCCCGUUAAAUAACUUCUCCGUGGCUCAGUGCCAGUUGAUGAAGACGGAGCGACCCAAACCGAACACAUUCAUCAUCAGAUGCCUCCAGUGGACCACAGUAAUUGAAAGAACGUUUCAUGUGGAGACUCCAGAGGAGCGGGAAGAAUGGACAAAAGCCAUCCAAACAGUAGCAGACAGCCUAAAGAAGCAGGAGGAAGAAAUAAUGGAUUUUCGAUCUGGUUCCCCCAGUGAUAAUUCAGGUGCUGAAGAAAUGGAAAUUUCUAUGACAAAACCAAAACAUAAAGUGACUAUGAAUGAAUUCGAAUAUCUUAAGCUGCUGGGGAAAGGCACCUUCGGGAAGGUUAUUCUGGUGAAAGAGAAAGCGACGGGACGGUAUUACGCUAUGAAAAUCCUGAAGAAGGAAGUAAUUGUAGCAAAGGAUGAAGUGGCACAUACCCUGACAGAAAACCGGGUUUUACAGAACUCUAGGCAUCCUUUCUUAACAGCCUUAAAGUAUUCCUUUCAGACGCAUGACCGGCUGUGCUUCGUCAUGGAGUACGCCAACGGAGGGGAGCUGUUCUUCCACCUAUCGCGGGAGCGCGUCUUUUCUGAAGACCGGGCCCGCUUUUACGGAGCCGAGAUUGUAUCGGCGCUGGACUACCUACAUUCAGAAAAGAACGUGGUCUAUAGGGACUUAAAGUUGGAAAACUUGAUGCUGGACAAAGACGGGCACAUAAAGAUAACGGAUUUCGGGUUGUGCAAAGAAGGGAUCAAGGACGGAGCGACGAUGAAGACUUUCUGCGGCACGCCGGAGUAUCUUGCACCGGAGGUGCUGGAGGACAAUGACUACGGGCGCGCGGUGGACUGGUGGGGCUUAGGAGUCGUCAUGUACGAAAUGAUGUGCGGGCGGCUCCCUUUCUACAACCAGGACCACGAGAAGCUCUUUGAACUCAUUCUCAUGGAAGAGAUUAGGUUUCCGCGCACGUUGUCGCCCGAAGCGAAAUCUCUUCUGUCCGGCUUGCUAAAGAAGGAUCCUAAGCAAAGGUUAGGUGGUGGGCCGGAUGACGCCAAGGAGAUUAUGCAAAACAAAUUUUUUGCCGGCAUCGUAUGGCAAGAUGUAUAUGAGAAAAAGCUGGUACCUCCAUUUAAGCCACAGGUGACGUCUGAAACGGACACACGCUACUUUGACGAAGAAUUCACAGCACAGAUGAUUACAAUCACCCCCCCAGACCAAGACGACAGCAUGGAUUGCAUCGACAGCGAGCGACGACCUCAUUUCCCUCAAUUCUCGUAUUCCGCCAGUGGGACGGCUUAACAUUUUGCUCGCCCACACAGAGGAAGUGGUUCAACAGCAUUUUGGGGACAUUUAUUUUGAUGACGGACACUAGAGAACUCUCUACGACACGUGAAUUGCAAACUAUGUUUGUACUUGGGUUCAGAUGAAUUUGUAGAAAGCCUUGCGGGUUGUCUAUUUAAAGCAAUCCUGAUGCGUUUUUUGAGAUCUCCGAUGCAUUUUUUUGAGAAGGAAGACAAGAAAUCCAUUCUGAAAACGAUUAAAAUGUUGUUUAAAAAUAAAAGGGGGGAAAAAGCAUUUUCUUCUGGAAACAAAAAAUGACCUUUUAGGUUUUUUAAGAAUCUGCACCCCUGACACCGUUUAAUUUCUAGAAGUUUACAGCAUCCAACAUGGCGGCUGCAUUGACCAUUUAACUAAACAACAACACAGUUUCUUAUUUAUUUCGCACAGCUUGUCACGUAAGUCACAAUACAAGAGACGAGGCUUAGGGUACAAGAAUGGAAGUGACAAAAAAUGAAGAAAUUCCAGAGAUGUGACGGUUUGACUUCCACUUGGGCAGCCAUGAAGAUGAUGGCCGCUCUAGGAAAUUAAUGAUAGCAAUGGCAUUGCUCACCUCAGUGAGGUGAAAUAAAUUGUGGGAGAGAGAGAAAAAUAACCCAGGUGCAAGAGACAUUACAUAUCAAAUGGAGCUGAGUGUGGAAUCCGUUCCGUUUUCAACAUUACACAGGGAAGCAUUUCUCUGAAGGUGCAUUGACUGAUCCCAUUUGGAAGGGGGGGGUUGUGUGUGUGUGAUAAGAUGGGCUUUGCCAAAUCUUGUCAAUCACCCACUGGCAAUUUCUCCCAUACAGGCAGGCUAUUUUGAAACUAGCUGAGGACGUUCCGGAACAAUGCAUUGCUUCCCACCCCACCCACCCCACCUGUUUAUUCUGCUUGUCCCAGGAGUUUUCCGGAGGGCAUGGCCCCAAGGCAAAUGAGGCGAUUUCUCAGUCCCAUCCAUACAUGCUUAUACAGCUGCAAAAUUGACCUCCGAGGAGUCCAUGUUCUGUUUUAAAAAAAAACACGGAAAGCUUUUUUCCAAGUUGCCUUCUAACAAAAUGAAAUGAUGGAGCAACGGACAAAUUUUGGGCACCGGAGCCAUUUUUCUUCAUACGUUCAAGGGGCCCUGGUAAAAACGGCCACAUG